AUGUCUAACACAAAGAAGCGCGCCGGCGCGUCGGAUCAGGGCGCUCCCUCUCCUGCUGCAAAGCUGCGAAAAACCGAGGAAAACAACGUGCACGAGAACUCUCUGGAGGCGCUGCGCAAACUCUCCGUCGUCGUCGCCGACACGGGAGACUUUGAGAGUCUGAAAAAGUACCUGCCGCAGGACGCGACGACCAAUCCUUCGCUGCUUCUCAAGGCGGCAUCGAUGCCGCAGUACGCGCAUCUGAUGGACAAGGCGAUCGAGGACGCGAAGAAAGUCCACGCGAAAUCCGAGGUAAACUCUGCCCGACUUGAGGAGGUCAUUGAUCAGCUGUUUGUCGCCUUCGGCGUCGAAAUUCUGAAAAUCGUCCCUGGCGUCGUCAGCACCGAAGUCUCCGCUGCGCUGUCCUUCGACGUUGACGCGUCGGUGGCGAAGGCGCGGAAGUUGAUUCAGAUGUACGCAGAGCGCGGCAUCGAGAAGGAGCGCGUUCUGAUCAAACUGGCGACGACUUGGGAAGGCUGCGAAGCCGCAAAGAUCCUCGAAAAAGAAGGCAUCCACUGCAACAUGACGCUUCUCUUCAGCUUCGCACAGGCUGUGGCGGCCGCGGAGGCGCGCGCGACGCUGAUUUCUCCCUUCGCGGGUCGCAUCUUGGACUGGUACAAGAAGAAUUAUCCCGAGCGCCAGGCAGAGUUCGUCGGCGACAAAGACCCUGGCGUGCAGACCGUCAAGCGCAUCUACAACUACUACAAGAAGCACAACUACCCCACGACCGUCAUGGCUGCCUCCUUUCGAAACAUCGGCGAGAUCAUCGCCCUCGCAGGCUGCGACAAAGUCACGGUCGCGCCGGCGCUGCUGGAGGAGCUCAAGUCGCAGACGGCGCCGGUGCCGCGAGCGCUGAGCCCAGAGGCCGCAGGCCAUUCCGCCUUGGCUGACUCGCAGAAGAACUCUUUAAAGGUUGAGCGGGAAGCUGCGAAGGCGCACAGCAAGAGCGAAGAUGUGAACGGCGCGCAGAGUGCCUCCGGGGACGAAGAAAAACUGCAUCUCGAUGAAAAGGCUUUUAGGUGGCUGCUCAACGAAGACGCCAUGGCGACUGAGAAGCUCGCCGAAGGCAUCCGCAGCUUCAGUAAAGACCUCAUCACGCUCAAGAACAUGGUUCGCGAGAAGCUCGUAAUGAAGGGCACUCGCGCGUAG